UCAGUCACUACCCGGGAUGGCCUGGAGAUGGAUGAAGUGGGGUAUAACUAUUCAUUUUCUAGCCCUCAUCCGUAGAAUCAAUUAGCAUGUCGUGUGGAAGCAAACCAGCCAGUUCACAUUUCUGAGCUAAUUCUGUCCCUCUCACGGGAGAUAUUCACCACUGUAUAUAGCCGAUUUGAGCCAAAUAUAAUUCGUGUCAUUCUUUAUCUUGGUUUAGGGUUUCCAUCUGCUUUUCGGCAAAGAAAAGAUGCCCCGCCGGGGGAGUAAAGUACCUACACUUACUCGAAAUAUGUUAGAAAGAAACCGAAGAAUGUUCACGAAAGAUCUCCUUUCCAAGCUUGCUUCUCUAAUUAAUCCUACUCCACGGGCACCCAAGUGGAAGUCACUUGAUUUGCUGGAUCAAGCCACCGCUCAUGUGAAGCAAUUGGAACAAAGGGUAGAGAUGCUGAAGCAAAGGAAGCAACUACUUGAAAGCAGUACUGAUGAGACUGCGGGCAUGAGGGGCUCGAUGUCAACUGUUUUCACAGUGACAGAAUUGGAUUCUGCGGUAGAGGUAUGUUUGAUUAGCAGGUCAAAUGACAAGUUCAUCCUGACCCGGGCCCUAGAUGUUCUUGAGGAGGAAGCAGCUCCAGUUGUAUUUGUUAGCUACUCCCGUGCUGGCGAUAGGAUCAACUAUAUUGUUUAUUCACAGGCUGUUUGUUCUAGAAUCGGCAUAGACUCUUCAAGGGUGCAUGAAAGAUUGAAGAGGCUGACUGCAGGGCCAUGAGAAAAAUGCACUGCAACACUAUCUUUACUUGUUCCAAAUGCUUUGAAGAUGAUCGGAAAUUGCCGGAUAUGGCGUUCUGACCCUCUAUGUGGGUCUCACACAUAUCCUAAAUUUAUAUUGUAUUUCAAUUAAUUAGGAAACUGAAAUUUUAAAUUGACGAAACUGGGUAGUCCAGUUCUGCGAA